AUGACUUGUCUCCUAGCUCUCCCAAAUUCUCGACCAGUCUACUACACUGCUGUCUACGCCUCGAAUCUCAGCUCUGAACGUGUUGAUCUAUUGGCUGACCUUAUCAACCUCCACUCUAUGCUCGAUCUAGAUGGCAACCCGUGGAUCUUAGGAGGUGAUUUUAAUCAAAUCAUCUCCCCAAUGGAACACUCCAGCAUGGAUGUAAACACCACUGAUAAUCUCAUGUACCAACUUCGUGACUGUUUCCUUCAGCUUGGUGUAUUUGAUCUGCGGUACCUGGGCCCUCAACACACCUGGACAAAAAAUCGUCCAGAGGACCCAAUUGCCAAAAAGCUCGAUAGGUUGCUAGUAAACAGCUCCCUGGUCGCCUCUCUCCCACACGCCCUUGCUACCUACCUCCCUCCCCUUAUCUCAGACCACACCCCUUGCUUGAUUGACUUAGCCUACCAACUUCCCCAAGCUGGUACUAAACCUUUCAAGUUACAAAACUAUCUCACCAAACACCCGAGCUUUGCUCAGCAUGUCUAUGAUGCCUGGUUGCGCGCCGGAAGUGAAUGCCUGACUCUCACUCAAUUGUGUUGGAAACUGAAAGUGAUAAAGAGGGAUCUCAAACAACUAAACAGAGAGAACUAUUCUAAAAUUCAAGAGAGAGUUUCAGAGACUUACAGUUUGUUACAACAUGUGCAGGUACAAGCUCUUCAAAACCCAUCAACUACUACCUUUGAAGCGGAAAGGGACUUGCACCAACGAUGGUUGUUCUUGAGGGAGAUUGAAGAGAGCUACUUCAGACAAAAGUCUAGAAUAAACUGGUUGGCGGAGGGAGACUUGAACACGACCUAUUUUCAUAGGAUUUGCCAAACACGGGAAAGUCUCAACGCCAUUAGAGCGUUUCUCACUGCUGCGGGAGAUUGGAUCACUGAUCCAACUCUCAUGAGUAUCCACGAGGUUUCUCACUUCACUUCAAUCUUAGGCCCACACUACUACACUCCACCUCAAAUCACCUCUCAUCCUUACUGGUUUGCGGAGCUCUCUAGUUUUCAGUGUUCACCUGUUCAUGCACAACAAAUGGUCACUGUUCCAACGGCAGAAGAAAUCAGAGGACUAUACUUCAUGCUGAACCCCAUAAAGCUCCGGGACCGGAUGGGCUUACAUCGGGAUUUUUCAAGGCUUCCUGGGAAACUAUUGGCCCUGAAGUGA